AUGAUUUCUCCUGAAGUAAUUGGUGAUCCUCGUUACGAUAUAUCACCCUAUAGAUAUAGUUAUACUACUCAACCUAACACAAUAGAAGAAGAGCCACAUGCUCCUUUCUUUACCAUUAACUUAAAUGCCAAGUUCAUUCUUGUUCCACACCUAUCUAUUAUGGAAGAUGAAGAUGAAGAAUCUUUAUUCGACGACAACGCUGGAAAUCCAACUGCUUUUUUAGAAAAUAUUGGAUGGAUUUCGUACGAGACAUUGAUGAAGAGCGACGUUACUGAAACCAUAGUUUACGUUCAAGACAUGCUUGCUGCGAUCUAUCUUCCUUCUCUCUCUUAUAUUGCCGAUCGCAUUAUUGAUUGCUGUAAAAAUAUGAUAAACAACAACGAUUAUGAUCAUAAUUUGAAUGAAGAAGUCGGUGUUAAUAUUUCCGUUGAAGUUUUGGUUUAUGAACUACCUCAACUUGAUGACGACGACGACUACGACGACGACGACGACGACGAUGAUGACGACUUUGAUAUGAAUGAUGUUCCAAUUUGCUUUGUGGCGGCAAGUGAAGAGUCAAUCGAGAAAUUAGAAAAAGUUUGGGUUAAAGAUAAUCCAAUUUUUUGUUCGAUUUGUUUGGAGGAUGUUUCGGUUGGUUUGGAAGCUGCUAAGUUACCAUGCACUCACGCGUAUCAUGAAGGAUGUGUUGUUGAGUGGCUACAAGUUAGUAAAUUUUGUCCAAAUUGUAGAGUCGAGAUAGUUUAA